AUGCCCGCCGGCCCGCAGAGCACAGAGAGGGAUGAGAGAGAGAGGAAGCCACAUGCAGGAGGUCAGAUGGGAGGAGGGAAAAGUUUUGCAGGCUGUAAAAGUGCUAGUGUGGCAGUCUACGAGUCUGUCCAUCCGCCCGGCUCUGGAAGCUCAGCUGGCUUUGUCCCGAUGACCAUAAGCGAACACGCAGCACAUCAGUACACGCCUGGCCGCCUGCUCAUCAGUGGUGCCACGGCCCGCUGGCUCCUCUCGGCCCACGUCAUCUCCACUUCUAUUUUCAGCGCACCUCUGACUGCUAUCGGAUGA